GGUUCUCUACUCAAAACAUGGACAUUGUAAAAAGUAGUUUGGACGAAGAAAGACGUCUUCUUGUACGUGUGACUGGAAUCACAUGGUCGAUUGUCUUGUGCACGUAACAAUUAAGAACAUUUUCAUGGUUUCUUCACAAAUUUUUUAAGAGGGUAGUUUUGAGAGAGGGAAAGCAUCUCGCUAUGUGUUUUGUCGAAGUGACUAUGGAUUUUGAUCUAUUACGUGACCCUGAUAAAAGUAAAUAGCAGUGAUAUUUAUUAGUUAUAUACUACUCAGGCUGGGCCUGUUAAAUCCAGGAGUGCAAAAUGUACAAAUUAUUUUAUAAAAGUGAAAGCAAGAGAGUUAUGAGGAAAAAAUCUGACUGUCCUUUGGCUACCUAUGGAUUAUCACAACAGUUACACUGUGAUACAAUAUUGAUAUUGAAUCCUUUCACUUAAUAUCAAAUUAAAAUCGGGAACAAAUCAUUUCGAUCAAUUUUGUACCUAUAAAAAUACCAGAGCUUUCUCCACAUUAUCCGGAUGCAUUUCUUGCCUUGUCACACUUCAGUCAGUCAAAUGUAUUACACUUUAUGCUGUUACUGUUUCGUAAUUGGUCGUGUUGUAAGUCUGUUCACUGAGACGGAUUAAGACUCUUUUCUGUUGCUACAUACAUAUAUACAUGUACUGACUCUACGCAUACUUAUGUAUGUCUAGAGGUUAGUCGCAUCGAAAAUGGUUUGUUGUGCUACUGCAGGAAUUGCCGUCAUUGGAUUUAAUCUUGUUUAAUAAUGACUCCUUGGCUGACAACUCAGGCUGCUUGAAGAAAGGAUGAACGUUGCUACGUAUAUGGAGCAGUUGGAACAUGAUUGGUGAAAGUGUGGUCCUCUUGGAGCAAUAAUGAAUACAUAUUUAAUGAGAAAAGGAAGCCAAAAGCUGGCAGAAACGGUGGAGUAUCAAGUAUUGAGUUCUGUGCUGGCGAGCAUUUCAUGCAUUAAGAUUCGAGCAUUCAAAUGUGCGAAAUAAUGACACUGUGGGAAAAUAAUUGUGAACAUUAAAAAUGUAGCAAUCAGUGUACACAUACUGUACGUUCAACUUUUUUAAGGAAAUCGCGCAUAGCACUGUACAACUGUACUGCCUAUAGUGACACUAGGAAAUCUCUUGCAAGACAUUGCAGGACAUGUUUGUGGACACGUGCUUACUUGGAAUCACUUUCUUCGGAUCGAUAUGACGUGAAAUCUAUAAAUUGUACAUUCGUUUCGUUCUACUUACAUACGCGAUGGUUAAUUUCAAGACUUUUUUUCCAUAUUACAACAUGUUUAGCUUGAUAUGUCUUCCUACUUGUUUAUUUUGUCUGCGUUUAUCGUUUUUAAAAUACACAGACAAUUUAGGUGAUGUGUCGUACUUCAUGUAUGAAAAAUGUUGUUUCAUAGAAUAUUAGAAAUAUUUCAUUACUCGAAAAGUUGAUGAAGGUAAAUUUUACCUGUGGUCAAAGGUAGAUCAAAGCCCAAAUGGAGUACAUAAACGCACUCAUGGAUGGAAGUGAAAGAAGAGGAAAAUGGAAACAAAAACUAAAGUAACUCUGUGACGACAUUAUAAUUAGAAAAAUCCACUCCGGUUGUUGACUGCAUCCAUUCUCACAAUUAAAAUAAUUGUGGAGGUUGGUUUGUAACAACAGAAUGCCCAAAACAUCAAAUGUGAUUGAAGUAUUCCAAAUAAAAGGUUCCUCAGGGAAAGGUACUCGUCACGUACCACCGCACCAUCCACACCCAAAUGACUCAUCCAUUCCAGGAGUGAAGACAAAAUUAUUAGUCCGCAAAGCAGGAAAAGAAAAAGGUUUCUUCAGCAGCAGCAGCUCCUCUCCUAUGGGAAGCAAACUAGGAAGAAAAUAUGGAAAUGCCAUCAUUCUUGAAGAAGAAUCUGGUAGUGGGGGAAAUAUUGGGGGAGCAGAUAGCUUUUUAAUGGCCACCACUUCGUCAACUCCCAUUCGUCCAAGUGGAUCUUCAUCAUCUUGUUCUUCCUUCAUCCCAUGCCAAAAUUCACCUGCAACUCAGACUGAGAGCGUCAUAAAGCUCACGACGAAAGUAACCACCAUGGAAGAAAUUAUAAAAUCUCAGUCAUCCACGCAGUUACUAGAGCUGGACCGAGUGGAAUCUACUGACGGUACCGAUCUGGAAAGCAGUAACAUUAACGUGGCAUCCUGUUUGCAUGACAAUGUCAACGAAAGGUCCGAUCAUGUUGCUGUAUUAGAUAAGCGAAAGGAUACAAAGUUUGCCAAAAGUCGCCCAAGAGGAGUGAUUCUUAGAGAGCCGGAUAUUGAUGAGAUGGAUGAGGAGGACCAUGCUAAUUAUGUCAAUGAGUCGCCAAUAACGGGACACCAUGAUGAUGAGGACGGUUCUGAUUUAGAUGGGAGGACUUGUUCGGGUUGUUGUCGGUGGUGCUCCUUUGACAAAUGUUGUAGGGUUUAUAAUAAGCCCCGAAGGAGUUAUAGGCAGGAAACUUCAUUAAGUUCUGGAGCGUCUGUAAGAUGGAGGGGACCCUGCGAGAGGUUAACCCCAUAUUUACCUUCACGUAUUCUUAGCCUCCUCGGAUUUAUUUCUAAAAUUUACUGGAGAAUUAUCGACGGAGCCUUAGGCCUUGAGCCGCCUUACAGAGGCCACGGUGGUGGUGAAGAGACAGAGCGACGAAUACGAGCUAAUGACCCAGCCUUCAACUCAAAAUUUUCAUAUGCUAAUAACUACAUUAAAACGACCAAAUAUACAGUAAUAACGUUCCUCCCCCUGAACUUAUUCGAGCAAUUUCAAAGGCUAGCAAACUUUUAUUUCCUGUGCCUCUUGGUGCUUCAGAUGAUCCCUGUGAUAUCUUCACUUACACCUUACACAACAGUGUUUCCACUGCUCCUGGUCUUAACUUUAACUGCUACAAAAGAUGCAUAUGAUGAUUGGCAACGACACUUAAAUGAUUCGCAAGUUAACAAUAGAAAAUCUCUUGUUCUCCGUAAUGGCCUUUUAAAAGAAGAGCGUUGGCACAAGGUAAUCGUUGGGGACGUUAUUAGGAUGGAGAACGACCAAUUCGUUGCCGCUGACGUGCUCUUACUUUCCACAUCCGAGCCAAAUGGACUGUGUUACAUAGAAACAGCAGAAUUAGACGGUGAAACGAAUCUCAAGUGCAGACAGUGUUUAACCGAAACUGCAGAUAUGGGGCAGGAACCUGAAAAACUAGGAUCAUUUAACGGAGAAAUUAUUUGCGAGCCUCCAAACAAUCAUUUGAACAAGUUUGAAGGAGCGUUAGAAUGGAAAGGAAAGAGAUUCCCAUUGGAUAACGAUAAAGUAUUACUUCGUGGUUGCAUUCUUCGAAACACUCAAUGGUGCUAUGGUGUUGUAUUAUUUGCUGGACGAGAUACAAAAUUAAUGCAAAAUAGUGGGAAAUCGAAAUUCAAGAGAACUAGUAUUGAUCGCUUGCUCAAUUUUAUAAUUCUAGGGAUCGUGUUUUUCCUCCUAUCAAUGUGCCUGUUCUGUACCAUCGCAUGUGCCGUUUGGGAAACAAUGAUUGGUCAAUACUUCAUAAACUUUCUUCCGUGGGAUUCACUUGUGCCGAAAGAGCCUGUGGAAGGUGCGAUUAUUAUCUCACUUUUGGUGUUCUUUUCAUACGCCAUCAUUCUAAAUACCGUUGUACCAAUAUCACUAUACGUUAGUGUUGAGGUAAUCCGUUUAAUGCAAAGUUUGUUAAUUAACUGGGACUUGAAAAUGUAUCACGAGGCCAGCGGUACACCAGCAAAAGCUAGAACUACUACUCUAAACGAAGAGCUUGGGCAGAUUGAGUAUAUUUUUACAGACAAAACUGGAACACUGACACAAAAUAUAAUGACGUUCAAUAAAUGUACUAUUGGAGGAAAGUCUUACGGGGAAGUGAUAGAUCCGAGAACCGGUGAAGUUAUAGAGCAUGGAGAGACGGAAGAGAUUUUCAAAGAGGCUGAACCAGGUGUAAAAUACAAAGACUAUGUGCCAUCACGAUUUAAACCAUCUUCUUUGUUUUGUGGAUCUGAUCGUGUCGGUACUCCAACCCCAGAAUCAGAACACUUGAAUCACUCCGAUAUUGCUCUGCGACAAGUUACUAAACAUAAUUUGGCCCCAGUAGAUUUUUCGCGAAAUCCUCAUUUUGAGCAAAAGUUUCGCUUUUAUGACCAAUCUCUCUAUGAUGCUGUACUGGCAGGAAAUCCGGAUGUAUCUAUCUUUUUCCGACAUUUGGCAUUAUGUCACACGGUUAUGGCCGACGAAAGAGCAGGAGUAUUAGAGUACCAAGCUCAAUCUCCGGACGAAAACGCACUUGUAUCAGCAGCCAGAAAUUUUGAGUUUGUUUUUAAAGAACGAAGUCCAGAUAGUAUAACAAUUUCUGUUAUGGGCAAAGAGGAAGUUUAUGAUUUGCUAUGCAUUCUCGAUUUUAACAAUGUGCGAAAAAGAAUGUCUGUUGUGGUGCAAAGAGAAGGCAAAAUCAUGCUACUAUGCAAGGGGGCAGAUUCGGUGAUUUUUGAAAGACUGGAGAUGGGAAGAACCAGUGAAGACUUGAGGGCAAAGACCCAAGAACAUCUGAAUAAAUUUGCUGGAGAAGGUCUUAGAACACUAGUUCUCGCUGUAAAAGAGUUGACGCCAGCAUAUUUUGAAGAUUGGAAAGCCAGACAUUAUGAAUCAUCCAUGUCCCUCACCAACCGUGAUGAGAAACUCGAUGAAAUAUAUGAAGAAAUGGAGACUGGAAUGCACUUAAUCGGGGCCACAGCAAUUGAAGAUAAACUACAAGAUGGUGUACCCCAAACCAUUGCAAAUUUAGCCUUAGCUGGUAUUAAGAUUUGGGUAUUAACUGGAGAUAAGCAAGAAACCGCAAUAAACAUUGGUUACUCGUGUCAACUUUUGACGGAUGAAAUGAAUGACAUCUUCAUUGUCGAUGCGUAUUCAUUCGAUGAUGUAAAAGGACAGCUUCUCAAAUUUCUCGAUGCUCUUCAAAAAGGCUCCUGUGCUAUGUUCGACAAUUCAGUUACAAAGUCAAAUGAUGUGAGUAUGGUUACAUUCAGGGAUUCAGAUAUGGGACAUCCAGGUGAUGAUCCAACUCAAGAUACUGGGGGGUAUGCAGUCGUAAUAAAUGGACACUCAUUAGUUCAUGCUCUUAACCCUCAAUUGGAGCAAUUGUUUCUUGAAUUAGCCUCUCAAUGCCGGGCAGUUAUAUGCUGCAGAGUUACUCCUUUGCAAAAAGCUUUGGUUGUAGAGUUGGUGAAAAAUUAUAAAAAGGCUGUCACACUGGCAAUAGGAGAUGGGGCAAAUGAUGUCUCAAUGAUUAAAACUGCACACAUUGGAGUUGGAAUAAGUGGACAAGAGGGCCUCCAAGCAGUGUUGGCAUCAGAUUAUUCUAUUGCCCAAUUCCGGUACCUAGAAAGAUUGCUUUUGGUCCAUGGAAGAUGGUCGUACUACAGAAUGGCCAAAUUUUUACGAUAUUUUUUCUACAAAAAUUUUGCUUUCACUUUGACGCAUUUUUGGUUUGCUUUUUUCUGUGGAUUCAGUGCCCAGACAGUCUUUGAUCCGAUGUUCAUAGCAGUUUAUAAUCUAUUUUACACGUCUUUACCGGUGCUGUCUAUUGGCAUUUUCGACCAAGACUGUAAUGACGAUUAUUGUAUCAGAUAUCCAAAAUUGUAUACUCCUGGGCACUUGAAUUUAUUGUUUAACAAAAAAGAGUUCUUCAAAUCUGCAUUACAUGGAUUCGUCACAUCGUGUGUCAUUUUCUUGGUUCCUUAUGGUACUUAUCAUCAUGCGAUCUCUGCUGAUGGGCAAGGACUUUCUGAUCACAUGCUUUUCGGGAGUGCGGUCUCCACAAUUCUAGUCGUGAUUACUACAGUACAAGUGGCUUUAGACACUGCUUAUUGGACGGUGUUCAAUCAUAUUGCCAUUUGGGGAACUAUACUUUUCUAUUUUAUACUGCAUUAUAUUUACAACUUUGCAAUCCGAGGAAGAUAUUUGGGAUCGUUAACAAAGGCUCUCCAAGAAGCAAGUUUCUGGUUUACCCUAGUACUCACAGUAAUGAUUCUCAUAAUCCCAGUUCUUGCUUGGCGAUUCUACUUUCAUGAUGUUCAUCCCACAUUAUCUGACCGGGUUCGACUAAAACAACGAGUUUCUUCUGCCAAAACACGCCAGGCACAGGACAAAGCAUUUCGAACCCCAUCAGCUCGAAGAAGCAGACGUUCCCUCCGUUCUAGUUACGCUUUUGCGCACCAGGAAGGAUUUGGUCCUCUCAUUACGUCUGGGAAAAUUAUGCGCAAGGCCAAGAGUAACAAUAAUCACACUGCUGGGUCCACUGUUGCAAGCCUUGUGUCCAGUGUGACGUCUUUCGGUGCCACUACGGCCGUUCUCCCUCCACUUGCCAAAACCCCUAGAAUCACAAUGGUCAGUCCGCAGCAAGAACCUGAUUCCUCUGUGUCCGUUAGAUUGUGAUGUGAUAUGUGUUUGUGGUGGGACCUACCCUCCCCCUUCUUGACCUCCUUAGUCUGUGAAAAAUCCCAUCCAACUCUCUUCUAUCUAACUAACUAUAAAAAACACACUAAACUAAUAGAUCCAGAGUUUCAGAUCACCAUCAUUCCCACACUUGUAUGUCGUGUGCUUAUUUUACCCAUUUAUAUUAGGUCACUUACCGAUAGAUACUAUCUGUAUUUAAGUUGCCAGAGAUGGUACCAACCAGUCAUUGUUAUAGUUUAUAGAUUUGAUGUCCAAUUGCACCUUUUUUUGUAUGUGCACUUGUAGUAUGCUCUUUUUGUGAUUUAAUUUUACGUAUGUGUUGUGUCAGACAAACAACAAUCCAUUAGAAUAUUGUUAUUUUUUAAUAUGGAUAUUAAACAUACAUACAAAAAGCACAUGUGUAUGCGGGAGGGUACAACUUGGAAGACCAAUUAGAAUAAAAUGCAUAUUAGCGUAACAAUUUUUCACAUUAGAUUUAACUGUAUGAUAAAAAUAAUACGAUUUCCAGCGUCUCCAACAUUACCCACAUGAGUUUAUAAUGCUUUAAUUUUGAGAUUAAUGAUGAUGUACGUAGGGACAAGUUCAAUUAAAUGAAAUUAUUUUCGUAUUAUUAUUAUUUAGUGGAUUAUAUAGUCGAGUCAAAAACCGCCAGUGUGGCGUCCAUGCCAUUCUCAGGUCCUCGUAUUUUUAUAUUGUUUAAAGCAUUUGAUCUGAUCUUAUUGUUCUGUGAUGUUACCAAACAUAUUUAUUGGAGGCGUAAAAUUUAGUCAGCAUUAUUUGUGUAUUAACUUAUUAUUAUUUCUCAGUUUAUUAAUUAUACCUUUAUGCUUUAAGUCUGUUCCAGUCUAGUUGGAAUUUUGUGUUGUCAAUCAUAAUCAAAAGAGUAAAUAUCGAUAUGAUUAUUAUCAAUGCAAUUCAGAAUUGCAGUUUAUGAAUUAGUAUUAACACAUUCCUUUGUUGAAUGAACUAUAACCGCAAUAAAGUUGAUUUUUCUACAAAAUAUAUG